CUAAUCUUCAAACAUUAUUUAAGCCGUUAUCCGGCGAGAUUAAAACGAAAUCCUUCUUAGGGACCAAUUCGGUGUGCAAAUGCGCGAAAUAUUCGUUCAAUAAUGUUAGCCUUCGUUUCUCUGCUCCUGUUAGUCAUUGGGCAAACCGUGUGCUCACAUGAGAACUGCGACAAAAUAGAGGGACUCAAACCGUUCAAUCCACACCAAAUCUACAAAUGCACGUCCAACGGCUUCUUCGCCGAUGAAACGGACAGAAAUUGCAGGAAGUACAUGGUAUGCGCGAGAAAUACACGCUCGUUCACUACUCUGUACCUAACUUGUCCAAAAGGCACUUAUUUUAAUCCAGACAUAGAAGACUGCACGUCUGAUUACGAUUGUCCUUACGAGGACGAAUCGGAUUCCACCACUGAUAUCAGCGAUACGUGCAAUUACACCAGCGAUCCCGAUUAUUUCAGGUGUUCUGAUAGCGGGAAUUUCGCCGACGAUAACGACCUCACCUGCCGGUCGUACUUCUACUGCCUGAUCAUUCUCAAACCCGAUCUGUACUUGCGGAUUAAACGCACUUGCCCUAGAAACUUCUACUUCAAUCGCUACACGAAGACGUGUGAUGAUGAGUAUGUUUGCCCUUGUUCCACUACCACCAGUCGCCCUACUAGUACUACUAGGAGAGAAAGAACGGUGACUUCGAGUACCGAGACUACGAACCAUGAUGUAACUAUUCCUUAUAAUGGAUGUGAUUACGUAGAUGAUCCUGAUUAUUUCACGUGCACUGUGGGAGGUAUAUUCAAGAAUAAGAACGAUAUAACUUGUAGGAGUUACUACAAAUGCACGGAUUUAUUGAUUGGAUGGAUUAAAACGAAAUACAAUUGUCCUGCUAACACCUAUUUCAAUCCUUCGACAGGGGAUUGCGAUAGUACCUACAGAUGUCCAUGUUCCGCUGUUACAGAACAACCAGCGAAGACGACAACUUCACCGAAAAUUAGUACAAUUACUAGUCGACAAACAACAAUUGAUGGUGAGACAACAUCAAGCGAUACAUGUGUUUACAAUGAAGAUCCCAAUUACUUCACGUGUACUGUUCAGGGUAGAUUCAGAAACAAUAACGACAAAGAUUGCAAAUCAUAUUACUUAUGUCGCUCCUUAAGAAGUGGAAGAAUUAUCCAAACAAAGUACGAUUGUGCCGGAAAUUCACUAUUCAAUCCAAAGAAGCAAUUAUGUGAUGUGAAGUACAGAUGCCCGUGUACAGAAGAAUCUACUACAACCGCAACAAGUCCCACUAAAACAUCAAGAACAGCUGAAACUUCCAGUGAUAGCUCCGCAACUUCAAUGAGUUCGGAAGAGCCAGAUAAAUCAUCAACUUCUUCAGAAAUAGAACAUACAACUAAAGAAUAUUCUACUUCAAAUUCUGCAUCACCUAGAAUGAGCACUCCUAAUCAAGAUUGCACAUAUAAUGAAAACCCUGAUUACUUUACAUGUACCGUACCAGGUAGAUUCAGGAACAACAACGAUUUAGAAUGUAAAUCUUAUUAUUAUUGCAUCGUUUCACGAAGUGGAAGAAUUUACCAAACAAAAUACGAUUGUCCAGAAAAUUCAUAUUUCAAUCCAAACACGCAAUUAUGUGAUGUGAAAUAUAAAUGUCCUUGUUCUAAUCCUUCAACAGGCACUAUCAGUACAACUCCAAGUACUAUUGAAACAACCGUGGAAACCACAACAACUACAGUUAAUGAUGAUACUCUUUCAACACAAGUGAGUACUGAUCAGAGUACAAAUGAGGACCAAUCUUCUAGUGAUUUACCAUCAACCACAACAACACCAACCACAACAUCAACACCAACAACAACAACAGAUAAUUCUGUUCAAACCACACCUAAUGACAAAUGCAUUUACGACGAUAAUCCUAAUUAUUUUACAUGUACUGUUAAAGGAAGAUUCAGGAACAAUAACGAUAGAGAUUGUAAAUCAUAUUACUUAUGUACCGUCUUAAGAAGUGGAAGAAUUGUCCAAACAAAGUACGAUUGUCCAGGAAAUUCACUUUUCAAUCCUAAAAAGCAAUUAUGUGAUGUGAAAUAUAAGUGUCCUUGUUACAAUCCAUCUACAAGCACAAUUAGUACCACCGCAAGUAGUACUGAAACAUCCGUAGUAACCACAACCACUACAAUUAAAGAUGAUACCCUUUCAACAGAAAUUAAUACUGAAGAGACUACAUAUGAGACACAAUCUUCCACUGCUUCACCAUCAACAACGCCUACCACAACAAUAACACCAACAACAGAAAAUUCUGAUCAAACCACACCUAAUGAUAAAUGCAUUUACGACGAUAAUCCUAAUUAUUUUACGUGUACUGUUAAAGGAAGAUUCAGGAACAACAACGACAGAAAUUGUAAAUCUUAUUAUUUAUGUAGCGUCUUAAGAAGUGGAAGAAUUAUCCAAACAAAAUACGAUUGUCCUGGAAAUUCACUAUUCAAUCCAAAGAAACAAUUAUGUGAUGUGAAGUACAGAUGCCCGUGUACAGAAGAAUCUACUACCACAACAACUAGUCCCACUAAAACAUCAAGAACAGCUGAAACAUCCCCUGAAGGUUCGCCAACUUCAAAGAGUUCGGAAGAGCCAGAUAAAGCAUCAACAUCUUCAGAAACCGAGUAUACAACUAAAGAACAUUCUACUUCACAUUCUGCAUCAUCUAGAAUGAGCACUCCUAAUCAAGAUUGCGCUUAUAAUGAAAACCCUGAUUACUUUACAUGUACUGUACCAGGUAGAUUCAGAAACAACAACGAUUUAGAAUGUAAAUCUUAUUAUUAUUGCAUUGUUUCACGAAGUGGAAAAAUUUACCAAACAAAAUACGAUUGUCCAGAAAAUUCAUAUUUCAAUCCAAACACGCAAUUAUGUGAUUUGAAAUAUAAAUGUCCUUGUUCUAAUCCUUCAACAGGCACUAUCAGUACAACUCCAAGUACUAUUGAAACAUCCGUGAAAACCACAACAAUUACAGUUAAUGAUGAUACUCUUUCAACACAAGUGAGUACUGACCAGAGUACAAAUGAGGAUCAAUCUUCUAGUGGUUUACCAUCAACAAUAACAACAACACCAACCACCACAUCAACACCAACCACAACCACAACAACAACACCAACCACAACAACAACACCAACGACAACUACAACACCAACAACAAUAAGAACAACUGAAAAUUCUGAUCAAACCACACCUAAUGACAAAUGCAUUUACGACGAUAAUCCUAAUUAUUUUACAUGUACUGUUAAAGGAAGAUUUAGGAACAAUAAUGAUAGAGAUUGUAAAUCAUAUUACUUAUGUACCGUCUUAAGAAGUGGAAGAAUCAUCCAAACAAAGUACAAUUGUCCAGGAAAUUCACUUUUCAAUCCUAAAAAGCAAUUAUGUGAUGUGAAAUAUAAGUGUCCUUGUUACAAUCCAUCUACAAGCACAAUUAGUACCACCACAAGUAGUACUGAAACAUCCGUAGUAACCACAACCACUACAAUUAAAGAUGAUACCCUUUCAACAGAAAUUAAUACUGAAGAGACUACAUAUGAGACACAAUCUACUACUUCCCCAUCAACAACGCCUACAACAACAAUAACACCAACAACAGAAAAUUCUGAUCAAACCACACCUAAUGAUAAAUGCAUUUACGACGAUAAUCCUAAUUAUUUUACGUGUACUGUUAAAGGAAGAUUCAGGAACAACAACGACAAAAAUUGUAAAUCUUAUUACUUAUGUAGCGUCUUAAGAAGUGGAAGAAUUAUCCAAACAAAGUACGAUUGUCCUGGAAAUUCACUAUUCAAUCCAAAGAAACAAUUAUGUGAUGUGAAGUACAGAUGCCCGUGUACAGAAGAAUCUACUACCACAACAACUAGUCCUACUAAAACAUCAAGAACAGCUGAAACAUCCCCUGAAGUUUCGCCAACUUCAAAGAAUUCGGAAGAACCAGAUAAUUCAUCAACUUCUUCACAAAUAGAAUAUACAACUAAAGAAUAUUCUACUUCACAUUCUGCAUCAUCUAGAAUGAGCACUCCUAAUCAAGAUUGCGCUUAUAAUGAAAACCCUGAUUACUUUACAUGUACUGUACCAGGUAGAUUCAGGAACAACAACGAUUUAGAAUGUAAAUCUUAUUAUUAUUGCAUCGUUUCACGAAGUGGAAAAAUUUACCAAACAAAAUACGAUUGUCCAGAAAAUUCAUAUUUCAAUCCAAACACGCAAUUAUGUGAUGUGAAAUAUAAAUGUCCUUGUUCUAAUCCUUCAACAGGCACUAUCAGUACAACUCCAAGUACUAUUGAAACAUCCGUGGAAACCACAACAAUUACAGUUAAUGAUGAUACUCUUUCAACACAAGUGAGUACUGAUCAGAGUACAAAUGAGGACCAAUCUUCUAGUUAUUUACCAUCAACCACAACAACACCAACCACAACAUCAACACCAACCACAACAACAUCACCAACGACAGCAAGAACACCAACAACAAUAACAACAACAGAAAAUUCUGAUCUAACCACACCUAAUGACAAAUGCAUUUACGACGAUAAUCCUGAUUAUUUUACAUGUACGGUUAAAGGAAGAUUCAGGAAUAAUAAUGACAGAGAUUGCAAAUCAUAUUACUUAUGUACCGUUUUAAGAAGUGGAAGAAUUAUCCAAACAAAGUACGAUUGUCCAGGAAAUUCACUUUUCAAUCCUAAAAAGCAAUUAUGUGAUGUGAAAUAUAAGUGUCCUUGUUACAAUCCAUCUACAAGCACAAUUAGUACCACCACAAGUAGUACUGAAACAUCCGUAGUAACCACAACCACUACAAUUAAAGAUGAUACCCUUUCAACAGAAAUUAAUACUGAAGAGACUACAUAUGAGACACAAUCUUCCACUGCUUCACCAUCAACAACGCCUACCACAACAAUAACACCAACAACAGAAAAUUCUGAUCAAACCACACCUAAUGAUAAAUGCAUUUACGACGAUAAUCCUAAUUAUUUUACGUGUACUGUUAAGGGAAGAUUCAGGAACAACAACGACAGAAAUUGUAAAUCUUAUUAUUUAUGUAGCGUCUUAAGAAGUGGAAGAAUAAUCCAAACAAAGUACGAUUGUCCUGGAAAUUCACUAUUCAAUCCAAAGAAACAAUUAUGUGAUGUGAAGUACAGAUGCCCGUGUACAGAAGAAUCUACUACCACAACAACUAGUCCCACUAAAACAUCAAGAACAGCUGAAACAUCCCCUGAAGGUUCGCCAACUUCAAAGAGUUCGGAAGAGCCAGAUAAAGCAUCAACAUCUUCAGAAACAGAGUAUACAACUAAAGAACAUUCUACUUCACAUUCUGCAUCAUCUAGAAUGAGCACUCCUAAUCAAGAUUGCGCUUAUAAUGAAAACCCUGAUUACUUUACAUGUACUGUACCAGGUAGAUUCAGGAACAACAACGAUUUAGAAUGUAAAUCUUAUUAUUCUUGCUUCCUUUCACGAAGUGGAAGAAUUUACCAAACAAAAUACGAUUGUCCAGAAAAUUCAUAUUUCAAUCCACAAACGCAAUUAUGUGAUAUAGGAUAUAAGUGUCCAUGUACUACUUUCACUACAGUACCAACUUCAACCUCAAAUAUUAGUACUACAGAAACAACUACAGUUGAAACUGCGCAAACCACAACCUCCACCAAUUUACCUGACGAAAGCACGACAACAACAACAAUAACAACAACAACAGAAGAAAACUGUCCAUUCUACAACAGCGAUCCUAAUUACUUUAAUUGCAACACAAAUGGAAGGUUCAGAAACAACAAUGACAAAGAUUGCAAAACGUAUUUCUUGUGCAGCAAACUCAGUAGCGGCCUAUUUCUUAAAACGGAAUACUCCUGUCCCGGUAACUCUUUAUUCAAUCCCGUUAAAAAUCUUUGCGAUGUAUACUAUAAAUGCGAAUGUUAAUUUAUUUAUCGAUUGUAAAUAUUUACCAACCCUAGUAAACGUUUAAUUACGUAAUUGGUUUAAAGUAGAUUAGUUUUAAAUAUUGUUAUGCCUAAAUUAAUAAAAUUAUUGAGAAAGAGA